GUAUAGAGGUCCCAAUCGACGGUUUGAAAUCGCUUCGCGGAGAGCAUCGAUUAACGAGUCCGAAUUAUGGUCCAUCGCACGAUUAUUAAGACUACGCGCGAGUGACAAGUGCACGUGACAAAUCAACGAGUGCCCGCGAAUAAACGCGGCGGACGAGGUAAUCGAGUCGUCGGAUCGAGAUUAAGUGUGAGAAAGCGAGAAAAAAAUGAAGCUUAGGGAGUCAGUGUCGAACGAUCCUAUUAAUCGGCGCUUGAUCAGCGCCGCGUGAGUGUGCGGGAAAGAGGACAUCUAUCGAGAUGAAACUGGGAGAUAAUAUGACUAUGGAAGCUUGCAACGUAUGGAGCGACGUGGGUAGUCCGCGAAAGUAUCGGCCACCGCGAAUCGGCGACAUUCCACGAGGUUCUGCGGUCGAUAGUCAUUCCCCCUCAAACUCGCCCACCACGAAAACUUCUGACACUGAACAAUUAUCGACGGAUGCGCCGGGUCCGUCGAAAGUACUGUCGAGCCCGGAGUACAUCCAAGAAGUACGCAAAGACAGCGCACUGUACCUCGAAGAGGGAGAGGGUGCGUUGAAGACCGUGACGCAGGCUACGACCGAUGUUCUCCGAAGACAGAGCAGCGGCUACGUGAGCCGUCGAGAUAGUCUCGAGGACAAUAGAAGAAACUCAACGACGAGCGGCGACGCGCAACAGCAAGAGAAGGAGAGGCACAAGUCGAAGCCGGCAACUCCUCUUGGAGUCUUGAUCAAGGAUCUCGCUGGCAGAAAAGAGGAGAACAUUGAGGAGAACAUUGAGAAUAUUGAGCCGUCCGCGGAUACUGCGAAGGAGAGAAUGCCGACGACAGAGGUGCACAGAAAGGUGUCGAGCUCCGGCCUCGAUAUGCCCAACGUUGACGAGGCAAAGGAGGUCGUCAGAGACAAAACCCUGCCGCGGCAGAAGAGUUUCGAGGCCCACGAGAUCAAUGAUGGACUGACGACGCGCCUCAGCGAUCUGCAAGUGACGUCUAUCUUCAAGAACCCCAAUAUUUAUCUCCCGCGCAAUAGCGGCAAAAAUGCACCAUCGGACGAGGCGGACGCGCUUCAGCGAGUCGACACAGUCAUCGAUCGUGCCGAUAGCGGCAACUCGAAUUGUAAGAAUGUGAACAAGACAAACGUGGAAACUAUUAUUGCCUCGGAUAAUAAUCGGACUGUAGAUUUGAGAAAAUUAUCCUUGCCCGACGAAGCAGGACCGAGCCAGCGACUGUUCGAGAAAGCUGAUGUCACCUACAAAUCCGUUCAUUCUCGCUACCCUCACGCCAGCCCUCAUAGAUUGCCCAGGAAACGCAUCCGAGCGCUCAAUAGGGAAUGCUCCGUCGAUAGCCAGCAUGACAGUCAACAGCAAUUGAAUCAAUACAAAGUGCUGAACGAGAUUGGAAAGGGUUCCUUCGGUGUCGUGAAGAAGGUGUUCAACGAGGAGGACGGCGCGUAUUACGCCAUGAAGAUAGUGAGCAAGAGGAAAUUAAUGAAGAAAACUGGGAUAUUCGGGAGGAUACCGCCGCGUAGAGCGGGCGCCGAUCCCCUGGCGAAGGUUUACAAGGAAAUCGCCAUCCUGAAGAAGCUCGAUCACCCCAACGUAGUGAGGCUAGUCGAGGUGCUCGACCACCCCGACAAGGACAAUCUCUACCUGGUCUUCGAGCUGGUCCACAGGGGCGAGAUCCUCCUUAUACCCACUGACAAACCCCUGAAUGAGGCAACGGCCAGGCGUUAUUUCCGCGACGUUGUCAUGGGAGUCGAAUAUCUGCAUUACCAGAAAAUCGUGCAUCGCGACAUAAAGCCGAGCAAUCUACUGGUGGACAGGGCCGGCAGGAUUAAAAUCGCCGAUUUAGGCGUCAGCACGGAAUUAAGAGAGUCUGGAGAGCUAUUGACGGGACAAGCUGGCACGCCGGCCUUCGCAGCGCCCGAAACGACCGUUGCGAACGCGCAGUACUUGGGGCCGAUAAGGUCUGUAUCAUUUUUGCGACAAAGUUGCCGAUGCGACGACUUCCCCAAAAUGACCACACAUAUCAAUUCGCCCUGCGAUAUAUGGUCGAUGGGGAUAACGAUGUACGCGCUUGUGAUCGGAGAUCUUCCUUGGCGCGCUUCCGAUAGUACAACCAUUCAAGAGAGCGUUCGUUCGAAGCCACUCGUGUUCCCCGACAAUCGCUUGUCCUCGGAAUUGCGAUAUCUAAUUGAGGGGAUGCUGGAUAAGUCGCCGGAAACCAGGCUCACGCUCCCGAAGCUGAAGCAGCACCCGUGGUUGACGAAUAACGCGACUGAACCACUGCCGGCCGAGGUCGACAACUGCCGCUUACGGGUCACCGUCACCGAGGAGGAGGUCAUAAGACUCGGCACUCUGCUCCUCGUCAAGAAUAUGCUGAAACAGCACAGCUUUCAGAAUCCAUUUCUGCCUAAGCGGCUCGGGCGGACAGCGGACAACGGCGCCGGCACGGAGACGCCGGUGGCAGGACCAAAAGGCGACGUAGCUUCCUCGCCCCAGGGCGACACGAUGAGAGAUGCGAAAGCGGAACGUUUUCACGAGGCCGGGAGAAGCAAUUCCGCGCCGGAUUCCUACGAUUGGCACAUAAGCGGCAGACAACUAUCGGUGGAAACUCCCUUGUCGCCCGUGACGGAAACCGAGAGGAGGUAGUGUUACUGUCGAUAGAAGUAGCGUGAAACAUCCCGACGUCAAGCGGAAGAUAGAUCGGGACUGAUCGUCGAUCGCGAACGAGCGACCGCGACAUCAAAAGGCGAAAUCGUCGAACGAACCAACGAAAAUUUAAUCUUCCAGAGAACCCGUCGUUAUCGAUUUCACUCUCUCGUCGCUUGUAUCGUCAGAAUCACGGGGCAUUACCUUCAGUUUCGCUUCAGGUAAGAGCUCCGUGAGUUAUUUAUGAAUGCGCGAAAAUUUCUAACCGGCGAGGCUGACGAAAAAGCGGAUCGAGGACUCGUUGAAAAAGUUUCUGCUAGAUCUCAAAUGUUUUUACAUAUACGAUUGAAAACGUUUGAACGUUACGCAUAUUACGGUGAUAUCCAAUGAUUGUACCUUUAAUUAUUGUUGUCGUUUGACCAUGAUAGAAUAGGAUGGGAACGUUAUUUAUAAUUAAUCAUCGCGCAUGAAUAGGUCAUCGUAUAUAUUCCCCCCAAAAAAGAGAGUCUAGUAAAAUUAUUAUUACCAUUUACUUCGCUAUCAACUGCCAAUAUUUUCUAUUUGAAUAAAAAUGUCCGGCAAAUUUUUUUCACGGCUACACAACAUUCGGUAUGAACGAUCGACUAAAUAUCAUUUUGUUCUUUCUGCUUUUUAUCCGGCGAACUUCUAAAAGCAAUUUGUAUCAAUAACGGAAAAAUAAUGAAAAAAAAAGCGCGCGGAUCACUACGUUAUUUUAUUAAAGAUUGACGAAGUGAUCAAAUAUUUAUAAAUGUUAUAAUCACGUGUGCAACAUCGUGUAACGAAAGUAGAUAGAUGCACUUAUCGCGGAGGAUGAUCCGAAAUUAAGACAUGCCUCGCCGGAGGUUUUCAUUCCAUUAAUAUCCUAAGAAAUGUGCGCCCGCGACGCGCACGUUUGUAAAUAACUUGAAAAUUGAAACUCGUAUACGUUCAAUCCAGUGCUAGAGAGAACCACUGAAAAAGUAUUUUACGUUUUUUUUGUACGUCCUAAUAUAAAAAUAUCACGUCAAAAGCCCGGCACGAGCAAUGUACGAAUUGAAAAAUUUUUUUUCCCUUUGUUUUUGAAACUCGUUUUUGCUUUGCUAGUUGCCACGUUCAAUAUCGAUAAAAUUCAAGGUGAACAUCCAUCUUAUACGAACGUAUCCGUUCGGCUUACUAAAUUUACAUCGCAAUUUAAAUAAAAUUGCGUGAAAAAAUAUUUCACGUUAACGGGCCACUUUGAAUAAUUUUUAAUAGAUUCUAUCGGCAAAUCAGUCUGGAUGAUCUAUAUUAUGAUAAACCUGUGAAAAUUAUAAAUAUAGUUCAUGAACACGAAAGAUAUGGAACAAGAAUUGAACGAAGAGGUUCUGCAUGAACAGAUCACUCAAAUAUUUAAUUACUAUUUAAGCACAGCAGAAACAAACUGUACUUGAAACUAGAGUAAGAAUAAUAUUUUUCAAAUUCACGA